AAACGAACCAAUAAAAUAAUUUACGUAUUAUUUUUAUCAUUAAUAAAAAGCUUUUGAUAGCUUUUACAUAAUAAUUGAUUUUAUAAAGCAAUUGAAAAAAAAAACCUAAGCAAAACAAUUUUUUUCUGGUUAAAGAAACGGCACAAACGACUGCGUAUAACUCAAAUCUAUGGCCGGAUUUUGCUCUGUGCUGUUUUCUUUUUUCCGCCUCUUGAGGAUAUUUGUGUAUUUUUUACAGUUUCCUGGAGGAAACGUAGGCUCAGUGUGUGCUCUGUGCGCGUGUCAAAGAGAGAGAGAGAGAGAGAGAGAGAGAGAGAGAACGAACAGGCCAUCAUGUGAGGUAUUCUGUGAGUAUGCAACGUGUUGAGCAGCUGAACUCGGUUGUCAACUCUUCUGCCCUCAGAAACGGACAGCGCUCAUUUAGUCUGAGUCAAAUACAACAGGAAACCUUCAAUUUUCUGCCACUCCAAUCUCCGGAUUGGUCCCUUGAUUUAGUUCUGUGCUCACUUUUCCACUGGAUCCUUGCCUGACGGGAUGGAAUGUGUCAAGAUCCCUCAGGACUGUGGAACUUUUUCUAAAAUUUGGAUGUAAUUCUUUCAAGUUCUCUUUCUACUGGAGUGCUCUUCUGGUGUAUUUUUCCAUCGCUUCCAUCGUGGUAUUUCCUGCCUUUAUGUGUCAGUCUGGUUCUGUCUCGACCUCAGGAUGAGUGUGCUCCGCUGGCAUCGGCUCUCUGUGCUGUGGAGGAACUGGAUGUUUAACCAAGAGCCGGUGGAAGAGCAGAGCCAGAUCUGUGAAGCUCCAGAGCACGAGGCAGUGCAACCAAACAAUCCGUGGAACACACCUAAAGAUCGCAACUCAAAGCUUCACAACUCCGCCGAUGACGAGUCUCGGAAUUCGGAAUGUGAGAAAUCAGAAACAGAUAGCUCGAGCCUGGAAAUUUCCCAACGGAAGCUCAUUUCAAAUGAUCAAGAUGGCAAACUGCUCAGACGCAGCUGCUCUGAACCUUGUCCUUUAGAGUCGACCUGCCGUGAGCAGUCUGUUGGCUGUGACCACGUGCCUGAAAGCUGUGGCCAUAACUUCCAAAGAAGCUGCUGUUCUGAGGAACGUGUUGACUCUGUAUUACAGGUGGAUAACGGCAGCGAAGUGGACGACAGUUUUCUGCAGAGAGAGGGGUCGCAGCGCAGGUCCAGGCGGCGGUUCAGGAGAGUUAACCCUAAAGGAGAGCGGGAGCUAAUCACAGACGGACAAGAACCUGCUGGCUACAACACGCUUCCUGCCGACCUCAAUAAGAUGCACCUAACGGACCACGCCCACCAGCAGGUGAUGCACGUGCCUCCCAGCCAGUCUGGAUGCAGCAUCGCAAGCGACUCAGGGAGCAGCAGCCUCUCAGAUAUAUAUCAGGCCACAGAGAGCGAGCUGGGAGACGUGGACCUGUCUGGACUUCCAGAAGCUGCUGUGGACAGCGAGGAAGAGGAGGAGGAAGAUGAGGAUCUGGAGAGAGCCGCAGACACUCUCCUGGGCCGGGAUCUCGUCAGAGAGUGUCUGGAAAAAGACCCGGUCGACCGGAACGAUGACGACAUCGAGCAACUUCUGGAGUUUAUGCAUCAGCUACCAGCGUUUGCCAACAUGACCAUGUCUGUGCGGAGAGACCUGUGUAGUGUCAUGGUGUUUGAAGUGGUGGAGCAGGCGGGUACAGUCAUACUGCAUGACAAACAAGAGCUGGACCUCUGGUACGUCAUCCUGAAUGGCGCGGUCGAAAUUAGCCACCAAGAAGGACGAGUGGAGGUGCUCUGUAUGGGCAACAGCUUUGGGAUCUCACCGUCCCUGGACAAACAGUACAUGAACGGAGAGGUUCGCACCAAAGGCGAUGACUGUCAGUUCGUCUGCAUCGCCCAGGAGGACUACUGGAGGAUUCUUAACCAUGUGGAGAAGAACAUGCACAAGGUGGAGGAGGAGGGGGAGAUAGUGAUGGUGAAGGAGCACCGGGAGCUCGACCGCAGUGGGACACGGAAAGGACAUAUUGUCAUCAAGGGAACCCCGGAGCGUCUGAUCAUGCACCUGGUGGAAGAGCCAUCGGUCGUUGACCCCACCUACAUCGAGGACUUCCUUCUGACCUACAGAACCUUCCUGUCAAGUCCCAUGGAGGUCGGCAAGAAGCUGCUGGAGUGGUUCCAAGUGGACAGCCUGCGGGACACGGUAACAAGAAUAGUGCUGCUGUGGGUCAACAACCACUUCAACGACUUCGAGGGUGACCCGGCCAUGACACGCUUCCUGGAAGACUUCGAGAAGCUUCUCGAAGUGGCGAAAAUGAAGGGCCACUUGCGGCUGCUGAAUAUAGCCUGUGCAGCCAAAGCUAAGUGGCGACAGAUCACGCUGCAGAAAGCGUCCAGGGAGUCGCCGCUCUACUUCAGCAUUCAGGGAGGCAGCGAAAGAGGAUUCGGCAUCUUUGUGGAGUCAGUGGAGGAAGGCAGCAAAGCAGCAGAGACUGGGCUCAAGCGGGGAGAUCAGAUCAUGGAGAUAAACGGCCAGAACUUUGAGAACAUCUCCUUCUCCAAAGCUGUGGACAUCUUGCGAAACAACACGCACCUCUCUCUCACAGUCAAAACCAAUAUAUUCGUCUUUAAAGAACUCCUCAGUCGGAUCGUGCACGAGAAGAAGAACGGUGGCCCUCACAUUCCCAAGAUCCAGGAGAAAAAAGGCAACCGCUUCUCUAUCGCUGACCUUCCCGGGGACAUGGAGUUCGCCACGGACCAUAAGAGCACCAGGAAGAUGAAGGCUAACACGGUGUCGGGAGGACGCAACAAGAUCAGGAAGAUGCUGGAGAAGACGCGCUUCAGUAUCCUGCCACCGAAACCAUUCAGUGACGGUGGAAUGGGUCAUUCUCAAGACGACAGCAUUGUUGGGACCAAGCAGUGUCGUCACAGCGUGGCCAUCAUGCCCAUCCCUGGGAACCUGUCGUCCAGCAGCCCUGACCUGCUGCAGCCUGCCACGAGCGUCCUUGACUUUUCUAACCCUGCAGACAUCCCAGACCAGGUGAUCCGUGUGUUCAAGGCCGACCAGCAGAGCUGCUACAUCAUCAUCAGUAAGGACACCACUGCCAAGGACGUGGUCACGCAUACCGUCAAUGAAUUCGGCCUCUUGGCAGCCCCCGAAAACUACUCGUUGUGUGAAGUGUCCGUCAGCCCCGAGGGCGUCAUCAAGCAGCGUCGCCUGCCGGACCAGCUCUCCAAGCUGGCUGAUCGAAUCCAGCUCAACGGCAGGUACUACCUGAAAAACAACAUGGAGACUGAGACACUGUGCUCAGACGAGGAUGCCCAGGACCUCCUCAGAGAGAGCCAGAUCUCUCUGCUGCAGCUCAGCACCAUGGAGGUGGCCGCUCAGCUCUCCAUGAGAGACUUUGAGCUCUUCAGAAAUAUCGAGUCCACAGAAUAUGUGGAUGAUUUAUUCAAAUUAGACUCCUCAGUGGGAAGCGGUAAUCUGAAGCAGUUUGAGGAGGUGAUAAACCAGGAGACCUUCUGGGUCGCCACGGAGAUCCUAAAAGAGCCCAACACCCUGAAGAGGAUGAAGACCAUCAAGCAUUUCAUCAAGAUCGCCCUGCACUGCAGAGAAUGCAAAAACUUCAACUCCAUGUUUGCGAUCAUCAGCGGUCUGAACUUGGCACCAGUGGCACGGCUGCGCAGCUCGUGGGAGAAGCUGCCCAGUAAGUAUGAGAAGCUGUUCGGGGACCUGCAGGACGUCUUUGACCCGUCCAGGAACAUGGCCAAAUACCGCAACAUCCUGAGCAGCCAGAGCAUGCAGCCUCCCAUCAUUCCCCUCUUCCCAGUGGUCAAGAAGGACCUCACCUUUUUACAUGAAGGCAAUGACUCCAGCGUAGAUGGUCUUGUGAAUUUUGAAAAGCUCAGGAUGAUCGCUAAGGAGAUCAGACACGUGGUGCGGAUGACCUCCGCCAACAUGGACCCAGCUCUGAUGUUCAGACAGAGGAAGAAGAGGUGGAAGAGUUUAGGGUCUUUGAGUCAGGGCAGCACCAACUCCAACAUGCUGGACGUGCAGGGAGGCGCCCACAAGAAGCGAGUCCGCCGCAGCUCGCUCCUCAACGCCAAGAAGCUGUAUGAGGACGCACAGAUGGCCCGGAAGGUGAAGCAGUACCUGUCCAACCUCGUGGUGGAGUCGGACGAGGAGAAACAUCAGAUUAUGUCCCUGCAGUGUGAGCCGGCCUACAGCACCUUGUCUAAGAACUUGAGUGAGAGACGAUCCACCAAGUCUGACAUGUCACCGGUGUCUCUGCGGUCGGCUCUGCCCUCGUCCAAAACGCAGAACAGGGUUUCACAAGUCCUCCAAGUCCAGGUCCCACUGAACCCACUGAGAAAGAAGAGCACAGCCAAGGACAUCGGCACGCCCAACUCCAACUCUCCUCAGGUUGUAAAGAAACCUCCUGUGAGCUCCUCAGAGGAGUGGAGCUCCAAGCGACCAUCUGAUGACACUGUCUCCACCGUCUCCUCUCUUCACUCCAGCCCCACGCCAUCACCACAGGGUUCCCCACGGAAAGUAGGUGUGGCCAAGUCCCAGACCUCCAGCCAGAUGAACCUGUCGGGGUCGUCGUCAUCCCUGACCAGUGAAGCCAGCACAAAGGCCGGCACCGUCAGCCUGCGCAGCUACGGCAUAGGUUAUCCUCUCCUACCUCCUGGUAAAGCCGACAACCUGUCUGACUCCAGCCACAGUGAGAUCUCCUCCCGCUCCAGUAUCUGUUCGGUGGACUCCGUACCGGCUCCCGGUCUCGAUGAUCGGUGUAACAGCAGCAACAGCAGAACCAGCGCAGCUGCUGCCAACGUCGCUGCUACGUCCACAGCAGCUGCUGCAGGUGCGGACGGCACGGCAGGGAUGCACACACAUUCGAAUGCUGACCACAGUCAGCCCAGUACAAGUUCCUCAUCGUCUGCACGCGGAUACGUGACGCGCGGCUCCACCUUCACCUCCUCCAUCUCAGCCGAGGAGCUGACACCAGACCAAACCUCUCUGGACUCUGUAGCCGACAGCGGUCGUGGCAGCUGGACAUCCUGCUCCUCCAACUCCCACGACUCCUUCCAGUGCCUGCCCGCCUCCUCAUGUCGGCCCUGGGACCACGGUAUUCACGGACACCCGUCGCUUGCCCUGCAGCACGCCCACUUGGGCGGCUUCAAGCACACUCAGUUAACCGGACCGAUCGCAGAGGUGGACAGUGUGGGUCACGCGUGGGCUAACGAUGCUGCUGCCAAACAGAACCUCAGGGGUUCUGGCUCUGACGUGUCCAAUCAGUCACGGCAGAGCUGGGCGUCGUCCAGCUCGCUGUCGGACACUUACGAGGGUAAUUACGGGACGGUGAAACGGCGGAACACCUCAGAGAGGACCUCCUCACCGAGCAACGAGGAAGAGGGCCAAAGCACGGACGCUGCCUACAAAACAGUGACGUCAAGCACAGAGAAGGGCCUAAUAGUGUACUGUAUCACCUCUCCUUCUAAGGAUGAGCGUUUUCGUGCUCCCCCUCCCACCCCUCCAGGCUACCAGGGUCUGGCUCUGGGGGAUCUGGGCCUACCGGACGGUGUAGUGGGUGGUAGUCCUGGAAGUCACCUACCUAGGCCUCCUCACCUCAAACCUCCAGAAUACAGCGUGGCCCUGCAGAGGAGCAAACUCCUACAGAAUCCCGGAGGGGCCGGCAAUCUGGCUGACACACGGAGAAUGGCCGGGAACCACCACUUGAACCACCAGGAUGCACGGACGCCGGUGUCCGCGCAGAGCUACUCCAGACCAUCCAGCAUCUGCCUCGUACCACAGGAGCUGGCGGACAGUGAGGAUGAUGAACAGGUUUCAGCAGUGUAGAGAUGCUGCCACCUCUGUCUCACACAUACUCACUCACACACACGUCACUCAAGGACCAGGUCCUCACUGUGGCUCAGAGCACAUUUGUCUCCAACCCUGCCUCACUGUAUCCAUGGUGUUGGUCUCAUCAUUAACAAUGUGGAUUAUAAAGCACCUCUGGACCAGAGCGGUGGUUCGUACUCCUAACUCCUCCUCUAACUCGUGCACCACUGUUUCUUUAACGACGUGUCACACAACAAAGAAGAAAAGUGAGAUUUUUACAGACUUCUUAAAUGUAGUGUGAUGGAGUUAAAAGAAUCCCGCAGUUGAUGGACGACAAAAAACAAAAAAAAGACGGGAUUCCUCCUGAAAAGAGCUCAGCGUCACCAUGUACCUCCAUUCUGUUGAGAUGCCUAAUGAUUUUUUUUUUUACCAUGUACAGUGAUUUCUUUGUGUAACUUUUUUUAUGUGCAUCUUAAAGCUCUGCAAAGUUUUUUUUUUAAGCAAAGAGGACAGGAAACAAGUACAACAAUCAAAGAUUAGAUUCAUACUAGAUGAAUGUAAAUUAACUUCUAAAUUUCUUCUACUUAUAAAUAACGUUGAUGUUUUCCUUUCACAAGGGCAACGUCAGAUCAUAGCCGCAAACUAAAAAACUAUUACGCAGCCUAAUGAAAAUACCACUCGAGAGGGCAACGGCAGUCUUCGGGAAACAUGCGAGGGUAAGUCAAAAGUAAUAAGACAAAAAAUUAUUAUUAUUAUUAUUUUUUUAAAUAAUGAAGCUUGUUUUCAAUGUUUUCUUCUGACCUAGGUCACGAAACUGAAAUUGAGUUCCUUUCAAAUUUUAAAAUGUAUUUUUUUUGUCACUCUACAGAUGGCGCUAGACUAAAACCAAUUUCCAUUUAAGCUCCUCUGAUUUUUAAGUUGAUUUUUUUUUGUACGAUUAAAACCUAACAAGUUGACAAAAUAUAAUGAUAAAACUUGUCAAAGCCGUCCUAGACACCUGAGAGGAACAGAACAUCCUUCUUAAAACCUUUUGACUUGCCCUUGUAUUUCCUACUUCCUCUUUGGAAGUGAAGAGAACAGAAAUCAAAUCAAAUUAGUGAAAGAGUGCGCAUGUUUGUCUUUGACACUUAAAAUUUGACAUUUGUUGAGCUUUAAAGACAGAAAAAGGACAAACUCGGUGUCUCUUCUCUCCGCUGUUGAUCGUUCUGAUUUGAGGUACUCUGGCGGCACGCUGCCUCCUGCAUCUCCUAUAAACAAACAAACAUCCUCUAACUUGUUUUUUAACGAGCAGAAGAACAAACGUCUCGCUGCUUCCCGAGCAGUCAAAGUGCGUCAUUAUUUUAUUGUAAUUGCUCUGAC